AUGAGUCCUUAGUGCCCUGUGAUUCCUUACUUUCAAAAUAAUCUUUUUAUGGAAAUAUCCUGGCUUUCCAGAUAGUUCAAACUCGUGAGGCUUUACUGAAAUAGUUGAGCACGAGAAGUAAGUUCAGGAGGCAACGGCUGUGCUGGGGCAGUUUACGGCCCAGGAGGUGAGUGCUAGCCCCUGGCCUGUGUGCAGGCUGUCUCUUCACAAUGGGGAGCCAGGCCGCGGUGCUGUCUGCACUCUGGACAUACAGCGUCGGGGUGUCUGAAAAGACGCUUUGGGUGCAGGGAUCGAAAGAGUUGGAGAUGCCUUCGUUUCUUACCUUGUCAUUCCACUGACCUUAGAAAAGGGGCGGGAAACAUCACUUGAAGGUGAGACCUUCAAAGACCUGUGGGAUCGGAAGGUGAAGGAGAAACAUAGACACAACUCUAUAUUAUAGGGGAUUUCCUGACCUAAAUCCUAUGCUUGGUUGAAUUUUCACAAUGCAAAGGAAGUUUUCAUAGCAAGUUCUGGCAUCCUUUUCAGCAGAAAUUCUGUCUUCUCCCAAGGUUUCUCAUCUCAGAAAAGCAAAGUGCCACUGCCUUUCAUUUCUUUGGGUCCUUCUUUUUGAUGCCUGGCUGUACAUCAGGGAGGUACACCCCUCCAGAACCUCACUGUGGAUUCAGACUCACAGGCCAGGCUGAGUGUUUCUCAAAAUCUCUUAAGUAUCUGAAUCAUAAACAGAAGUAAUGAGACCUUGGAGAUCAUUUUGUCCAAACCCCUCCUUAAACAGAGAAGGAAACUGAAGCCUGGAGAGGUUAAGCGACUUGCCCAAGGUCAACAGAAUGCUUUUUCUUUUUUUUCUUCGCAUCGUGACCUGUCGGAUCUGUAGUAACUUUCUCUGGACCAAUUAAAUUCCUAUCACUAGUAUUGUUUUACGAGAAACAGCCCCCACUGGGCCCCGUCAGCAGUAAGUCUUUGGAGCUGUCUCAGCCUGCAGUUGCUUUAUAUAAACUAUCCCUUUUAUGGGAGUUGAAGCAGAGUAUGAAAAGGGUUUUUGUCUCAUGUUGACCUUGUUUAGUCACAUUAACGCACACACUGGUUCCAGGCCCCAUUCCAUUCUCCGAACAUCUUCUGACACGCUGAUAGUGCUGAGCAGAGCAAGGUUGGGCUCAUUCCUCUGGCAGAACCUCGGCACUUGGGAGGCCCUCGUUUCAGGGACAGCUACUUCUCCUGGGCUAGGCUCUUCUCCCCGAACCCCACUGCCCAGCUGGAGCCAGGGACGCCGCCUGAGUCCAACCCCAGUGUCUAUUUUCCAGAAAACGGGCAAUGCUGUGAGAGCCAUUGGAAGACUGUCCUCUAUGGCAAUGAUCUCAGGGCUCAGUGGCAGGAAAUCCUCAACAGGGUCACCAACCAGCCCGCUUAAUGCAGAAAAAUUAGAAUCUGAAGAUGUGUCUCAAGCUUUCCUUGAGGCUGUUGCAGAGGAAAAGCCCCAUGUAAAACCCUAUUUCUCUAAGACCAUCCGUGAUUUAGAAGUUGUGGAGGGAAGCGCUGCUAGAUUUGACUGCAAGAUUGAAGGAUACCCAGACCCUGAAGUUGUCUGGUUCAAAGAUGACCAGUCAAUCCGGGAGUCCCGCCACUUCCAGAUAGACUACGACGAGGACGGGAACUGCUCUUUAAUCAUUAGCGAUGUUUGCGGGGAUGACGAUGCCAAGUACACCUGCAAGGCUGUCAACAGUCUCGGGGAAGCCACCUGCACAGCGGAGCUCAUUGUGGAGACCAUGGAGGAAGGGGAAGGGGAAGGGGAAGAAGAAGAGGAAGAGUGAAACAAAGCCAGAGAGAAGAAGCUUCUACGGCAUAUUACAAAGACUAUUUCUCUAAAGCUCAAAAAAAUCCAAGAUAGUAAAAGCACCUAGUGUGAUAGAUUAUCUAGUUAGGUCAUUUGAGGGUUGAUUGUUCAGCAACAGCAGUUGGUACCCAGCAGCUACUGAUGGGCAUUAAUGUGAACUAGCUGGCACCUUAAGAUACUAACACGGCCAGAUUUCAUUUUGGGAAAUUACCAGUAACUUGCCUGAUCUGUUGAUGUUAGAAAGUAACCAAAAGAAAUCUUUAUCUGGGCAAAGUCAUAAAUUCCCUAACUGAAAGCACUCAUGAAAAAUAAGGCCCUGUGCUCACAGCUCAGCCCAGAAGGUCCCUGGAGAUGGAGAUGUGUCUCUCCCAGCUCCUAACUCCAGAGAAUGCCGUCUCCUCUAGUCCUGCAGCACUUCAUUCUGAAAGCAGUUGAGCCAUUUUAACUUACGAGGCCCAUUUGAUUCCAAAGUAUACUAUAGACAUGCAAACUUUUCAUUUCUCCCCCCUGUUCCACCUGCCAGUUUGGCUGGCUCUGAACUUGCCAUGAGUUUAAGCACUAAGGACAUGAUGCUUCUUAGAUUCUGAAGACCGGUUCCCUGCUCGUGGAUGGCUGGCUUCCUUAGGAAAAUAGAAUCUCUUUUCUUCCAAAAUCAGUAGGAAAUCUAAACUUAUCCCCUCUUUGCAGAUGUCUAGCAGCUUCAGACAUUUUUAAGAACCCAUGAAAAAAAAAAUCCUUGCUAAUGUGCUUUUCUUCUGAAACCAGGAUUCGUAUUUGUGCUGUUACAGAAUAUCAGCUCUGCAUGUGUGGUAAAGAUUUUUGUGUUUGAAUGUAUGAAAAACCAGUUUGCUGAAAAGUUAGUCUUAAUUAUUUAUCGGCCACUAUGAAACAGAUUUCAACUGAUGAAGGGCUGUAGAACUGCACGUACUUUGGAAUCUCCUUCGGGGCAGUCUGACUUUAACACACCUGCCAUUCUAGACACUCGCCAAAGAACUCUACCUACCUUAUGGGUUCCACAUGUUUUCUUCUUGAAUGUGCGUCAGGCCUUGCCCCCAGCCUUCAAAUAUAUCAGUAGACCUGAUAAAUGCACUCAGACUUGCAUCUUUAGGACUUUUUCUUUCACUAUAUUGGCACUUAAAUUUUUCUUUAUAAACUUUUUGAAGGUCAUAAAGACUAUAAACCGAUAUACCUAGUACAUUUCUCUGCGUGUGUGUAACAUUCCAAAUACUUUUUCUUUUCCACUGUUUGUAAAGUGCAGCAAUUUCAUAUUUCAAGGGACUUUUUGAUAGUUCCUCAAGAACCAAUUUGAAAUGACUUCAGUGCAACCCUACACAGUAUCAACUUUAGAACUUUGAUAUUAGUCUUAUGUUACCUUUCAUUCUAUUUUUAUCUGCUUUUUGCUGCUAGUUUCAAAUUUGCCAGUAUUUUUCUUUUUGCUUUUUAAGCAGUUAAACAAUUUUUUUCAUAAUAGCCACAGUAUUGCCACAGUUUAUAAUAAAGGUUUUUAAAAUUUGAUUUAGAGCAUUUGAAGCUUUUCUUCACUUAGUUGUGUUUAGACUAUAAUCUGUGUGUAUAUGUGUGUUGUUGUGUGUGUGCCCGUGUGUGGUGUGUGUGUUUGCUACAGGUUUUUAAUGUCUUGGAAUUGUGUUAAUGUUCUCCCAGUUUAUUAUGCCAUCAGAAUGGUAAAUGAGAACACUACGACUGUAGUUAGCUCACAGUUUUUAAAUAAAGGAUACCACAGUGCAUGCUGUUUGUUCAA